GGGAAUCACCUACUGGUGUUUUCUCGGUAUCGUACGUUAAGCCUAACAGAUAUAGUUAACCUGGUAGUUCCGAGAAUUACUCCUUCCUGGAAUGUAGGUCAACAAAUAUAAAACACUGCGAACGUCGAAUCCGUUAUGUAUUCGGUACAAGUCGACGUGGAAGGGUAUACAUGUCGGUGUAGCUACUCGUGACUGACCAGAGGAUUCAAGUAGCGGACAAAGACAGGUCAACAACUAAGGACUAUUAAUGAGUCCAGUAGAUGAUACAGUAGUGUGUAUGGCCGGUGAAUCAAUCUCCUCACCGUCACAUCGUCCAUGGUUGCUGGAUAAACCUAAGGAUUCGCUAAAACAAUGUGAAGAUAUGACGGUGAACACCACGACCCCUCGGCCGGAGAGAAUUGUUUAUUAUUGUGAAAAGGACUUCAGAGUUCAGGCUGAAAACCUAAACAAUAUAUGUGGGUGCGGUUGGUAUUAUGCCAAUACUACCAGUGAGAUGGCUAAAGACAUGUUACGAAAGAGUGAUGUGGGGACAUUUCUACUACGUGAUAGUGUAGACCCGAGAUUUCUCUACUCUCUCAGUAUUAAAACUCCCAGAGGUGCUACCAGUAUUCGCAUAACCUAUACGAAAGGAAAGUUUCAAUUGGACUGUCUGGAAAAAUUAAAAAAAAUAUUGCCAAAAUUUGACUCUACUGUGGCUCUUGUGGAUCAUUACGUAAGAACGAGUAAAGGUGAUUCGAGACGUAUAAACGUCAAUAGGUUUCUAGAAAGUUCUGGAAAGAAAGACAUGCCAGUCUUAUUAACGAAACCUCGGGUGAAUACAGUAUCUUCGUUACAACAUCUGAGUCGACAGACAAUCAACAGAAGUAUACCGAACAGCGUCGAGCAAGACUACUCGUACCAUAACAGUCACAUAGACAAGUUGGAUAUGCUACCAAAGGAUUUACGUACAUUUCUUAAAAGUUAUCCUCAUCUUAACUAAUCGUCUAAUGUUCACACAAUUAGGAGAAGGAAAUCUUUCCACGGAACAUCAAAUCCGACCCCAUGGGGUUGCCUAUCCCCAGGAUUCAGUUUCGGUUACAGAGACCCGAAGAGGAAAAGGAUGUGUUUCGACAGUUAUGUGCGCACGCAGAGACAAUGGUUUGAUUUCGUGGAACAGCUCCCCGUGAUUACACGUACGACUACGCCAUUGCAGUGGAGUGGUUACCAUGAUUAUGUACGACCCUUGUAAUGAAGUGGUUCCUAUGGUUACAACAGAUAACGGUAUGGCUAUGGCAAAGAAGUGGUGACAAGCCAGACAUUGGUACGAAUAUUUCAGUGAAGUGGUUCAUAAGGUGACAAACUGCUAUAUUUGACAAUAUAUGAUGUGUUCGGCACAAUGUGUUUGGUUGAAAUUUAUACUAAGUCCCCCAACCAAGGAGGGAAAAUUGAGUUGAAUACGUCACUAAACAUACUGACUCUGAGAAGACGGCGUGCUGGAGUGGUUACCAUGACAGGGAUUUAAGUUAUAUAUUUUUACUAAUAUAUUUAUUGAUUAUUUUUCUACCUCAGCGAUCGUUGUAUACAAUCGGUGUUUCUUCGUUCUACGUUAUGUGGCACUCGUGUCUUGUGUAUCGCCAUGUCUAAUAUCUCGCCUAGUCAAAGAUUGUUUAUAGAUUUAAUCACUGAGGUUAUAUUGCUGGAACACAUAAUGACAGUAGAGUUGUGUGAUUUGUGACACCAUUGUGUUUAUUUAUAUACCAAAGUAACAUCGCCAGCUUUUGGCAAAACUUGUGCUCAAUGGAGUCGAUCGGUUUGCAAUCAGGUGUGCUGCAGGACAGUGGGUUGGAAUCUGCCUUUUUUUGGCAGCAGCAUUGCCACCCGGUGCUAAUAGUUACAAGGAACUGCCAGGUAGAUUUAGUCCCAUACUAUGUAUUUUAGUGAGACUAUAUUUUCUCACGUUCGUGCAGUACAGACACGCAUUUAGGUACAAACAGUACUUUAUGUUUUAAAAUUAGUUUCAUUUAAAUAAAAGUAGGAAUUAAUACGUUCA